CGGCACAGGAGGAAGGCACAGCGGGUCCUGAGCCCGCGGUCAGAGGGCGCGCGGGCUAAGGCCAUGUCCACCACCACGUGCCAAGUGGUGGGCUUCCUCCUGUCCCUCCUGGGCCUGGCGGGCUGCAUCGCCGCCACGGGGAUGGACAUGUGGAGCACUCAGGACCUGUACGACAACCCCGUCACCUCCGUGUUCCAGUACGAGGGACUCUGGCGGAGCUGCGUGAGGCAGAGCUCAGGGUUCACAGAGUGCCGGCCCUACUUCACCAUCCUGGGCCUUCCAGCCAUGCUGCAGGCAGUGCGAGCCCUGAUGAUCGUGGGCAUCGUCCUGGGUGCCAUCAGCCUCCUGGUGUCCAUCUUUGCCCUGAAGUGCAUCCGCAUUGGCAGCAUGGAGGACUCCGCCAAAGCCAACAUGACACUGACCUCUGGGAUCAUGUUCAUCAUCUCAGGUCUCUGUGCAAUCACUGGAGUAUCUGUAUUUGCCAACAUGCUGGUUACUAACUUCUGGAUGUCUACAGCUAACAUGUACACCGGCAUGGGUGGGAUGGUGCAGACCGUUCAGACCAGGUACACCUUUGGUUCGGCUCUGUUCGUGGGCUGGGUCGCCGGGGGCCUCACACUGAUUGGGGGUGUGAUGAUGUGCAUCGCCUGCCGGGGCCUGGUGCCUGAGGAAACCAACUACAAAGCCGUGUCCUAUCAUGCCUCGGGCCACAAUGUCGCCUACAAGCCUGGAGGCUUCAAGGCCAGCACUGGCUUUGGGCCCAAUAGCAAAAACAAGAAGAUAUACGAAGGGGGUGUCCACACAGAGGACGAGGUACAAUCUCAUCCUUCCAAGUACGACUAUGUGUAGCGCUCCAAGACACCUCAGCAUGGGCAGAAGAACCCCCCAAUUAGAGCUCACUUGAAAAACAAGGAAAUUUUACCUUGACUCCUGAUUGCUUUUGACUCACAGUUGGAAGUUAGAAAAACUUUGAUUUCACCCGCGAGGAGGCCAGAUGGUCUGGGCCACAUGUCUCUAUGUCUCUAAUGUUCCAUCACAAAAACAGCUGAGUUAUCAGAUAUGAAUUCGAGGCAACAGUUCACAGUUUUCAAUCUUCUAUUUCUUUUUUUUUAAUUUAACCUUUCUAAUCUGAUGAUAGAUUGUGGUUUGAAUUCCUAUC